AUGUUGGAUUUCAUGGAUUACAUCCAGCUCGCCUUCGCUGAGGGGACCAAUUGGAAUCGCGACAAUUCGUACUCGUCGCUAACAGCCACAGCGCAGUCACUCCUCGACUUUACCACACCCGAGCGCCUCCGCGUCCACCUCUCCUCCCUCUCAACCCCUCAUUUCGCAACCAGCUACACACUCGGCACAGUUGGUCUAAUCGACGGCUCCGUCUCCUAUCUCUACAGCACCCUCCCAUUCGACAACCUUUCCAGUCGAAGCGCCUUGAUACCCCUCCGAAAACUCACCCCGGGCUACCGACAAGUCCAGAGACCAGUUGCCCCGACUCAGAACUGGGCAUGGAACUCGAUCCUUGAUGGUGUGGGCGAUUUCUCGCCAGCAAGAGACGGUGGAGAUGAUGCGAGUACUCGGCAAAAAGCGACAUUGCUCCAUGCGACGCUUCAUCUGCCACCACCAACGACGCUGAAUGCGUUGUUCUUGCGGAGGAUUUCCCCGACGAUGCAGUUAGCGCUCGCGGUGUGCUCGACCCGUGGUCCUCCGUUGUCGAAGUCGGCACCGCAGGCUUCCUUGUUGACGCAGUUAUCUCAUGAUACGGGGAAGUACAGCAAUGAAUACCUUUUCAGUACGGAUAAUGCGCUAUUUGGCUGGCGGGGGUUGUGGAAUUUCGGCCCAGAUCCACGGACAGCCUCCAAAGACGAUACUUCCCCAUCACAAUUAUCCCUCUUAUCCGCAGGCGCAGAAGCAUACUACUCCCCUAUCUCCUCUCUAAUUGGCAUGUCCACAGGCCUCCGCUUCAGCACCCUCCCUGCACCCGAGACAGCCUGCCAAUCCUCUCCGUCUACCUCCAUUCAAUCAUCAACAAACGGCACUCCAAUCUCCACCUUCCCCUACACCCUCACACUAACCCUAACACCGCUAACCGGAUCGCUAUCAACAUCCUACUCCCUCCGCGCCUCUCCAAACCUCUCCUUCAGCUCCCGCUUCGGAUUCAACGUCUACAGCUGGGAAAGCGAAAUGGUCGCGGGCUGCGAACUCUGGCGCAAACCCAGCAAAUCCAUCCCCGACCCCGAAGACGACGGCCUCGAAUGGGCGAGGCGCAAAAUGCGGGAGAAUAACCCUGCUUUCCCGCCUGUCCCGAGCGAUGCAAAUCCCGCGCCGCUGAAGGAGUUACAGAAAGAUGAGGAGGAAGAGGAGGCUAGUGACUCUGUGCUUAAGAUCCGGGUUGACCAGUCGUGGAAUGUACGGUUGCUGUGGGAAGGAAGGGUGAAGGAGUUGUUGGUUAGUGCGGGUGUUGGGUUGGGGCCGAGUUCAUUUUCGCCGGCUUAUGGGCCUGGUGGUGGUGCGCAGAGUGCUGGGGGUGGUGCGUCUGGGGCUGCGUCGUAUUGGAGGAGUGUGGGGAUAUCGGUUUCAUAUUCGUCAUGA